AUGUCCUAUCUAGUUUUUUUGAUGAGUGUGUGUUUUGUUUUAGGUUUGGUUGGUGUAGCGUCUGGUCCGGCCCCAUUUUAUGGGGCGGGGGGGCUUGUUGUUGGGGCUUUGGGGGGGUGUGGGGUAUUGGUUGGUAUAGGGGGGUCAUUUAUUGGGUUGGUUUUAUUUUUGAUUUAUCUGGGCGGAAUGCUUGUUGUUUUUGCAUAUUCUGUAGCGUUGGCGGCGGAGCCUUAUCCUGAAGGGUGGGGGGAUUAUUCUGUUUUGUGGUAUUUGGUGGGGUGUGUUGUGGCUGUGGUUGUUGGUGUGUGUUUUGUAGGGAUUUUGUGGGGAGGAUUUUGGGGGGUGGAUGGGGUAGAGGGUGUUGGAUUUUUUAGUCUGCGGGGAGAUUUUAGUGGAGUGGGGCUGUUGUUUUCUAGUGGAGGGUUGAUGUUAUUUUUGUGUGGGGGGGGUUUGUUGUUGGCUCUUUUUGUUGUAAUGGAGCUUGUUCGUGGGUGGGAGCGGGGUAGUCUGCGGGUUCCGUAG